AAUAUGUUUCCAUUGCCGAUGUUCACACCGGAGCAGGUGGCUCGCGUGUGUGAGAAUCUGGAGGAGACCGGAGACAUUGAGCGUCUGGGACGUUUCCUGUGGUCUCUCCCGGCGGCUAUCCCCGGUUCCGCCGGCGAGGCCCUAAACCGCCACGAGUCUGUGAUGCGGGCAAGAGCACUGGUCGCCUUUCACGGAGGAAAUUUCGAAGCCCUGUACCAAAUCCUACAAAGUCAUCGCUUUACGCGCGAGUCCCACGCCAAACUGCAGGAUCUGUGGCUCGAUGCGCAUUACCGCGAGGCAGAACGCCUGAGAGGAAGACCGCUGGGACCCGUCGAGAAGUACCGCAUCCGCAAGAAGUUCCCUCUUCCUCGCACGAUUUGGGAUGGCGAGCAGAAGACGCACUGUUUUAAGGAGAGAACCAGGACGUUGCUCAGAGAGUGGUACCUCCAGGAUCCCUACCCCAACCCAUCCCGAAAACGACACCUGGCCCAGGCCACAGGGCUGACACCCACGCAGGUGGGAAACUGGUUCAAAAACCGUCGCCAGAGAGACAGAGCGGCGUCUGCCAAGAACAGACUUCAACAGGACCCCUCUCUCCUGCCUACGAGUGGUUCUCCGGAAUGUUCCUCCCAGGAGCGCCGCUCCCACCUUCGGGAAUCUUCCCCACAUCACCCGGGCAGUCCUGAGGCAAGCGACUGCAGCUCGGGAACGGGUCCCCAUGGCACCGGAGCCUCCACACCGGAUAUCUCUGUCAGCAGCGACAGUGAGUUUGAGUCCUGA